AUGAUGCUCCGGCUGCUGAGUUCCCUCCUAUUUGUGGCCCUUGCCUCAGGCUCUGGCCAAGCUUCCCAGCAACCCUCCUCGCGUGUUGUCAACGGCGAGAACGCGGUGCCCUACAGCUGGCCCUGGCAGGUCUCCCUGCAGUAUGAGAAGGAGGGAGCCUACUACCACACCUGUGGCGGCAGCCUCAUUGCCCCUGACUGGGUCGUAACCGCGGGCCACUGCAUCUCGAGCUCCCGGAGCUACCAGGUGGUGUUGGGCGAGUAUGACCGGGCGGAGGAGGAGGGCCCCGAACAGGUGAUCCCCAUCAAUGCUGGGGACCUCUUUGUGCACCCACUCUGGAACUCCAACUGCGUGGCCUGUGGCAAUGACAUCGCCCUCGUCAAGCUCUCGCGCAGUGCCCAGCUGGGAGAUGCGGUCCAGGUGGCCUCCCUCCCUCCCGCCAGCGACAUCCUGCCCAAUGAGGCGCCCUGCUACAUCAGCGGCUGGGGCCGUCUCUACACUGGGGGGCCACUCCCGGACAAGCUGCAGGAGGCCCUGCUGCCUGUGGUGGACUAUGAGCACUGCUCCAGGUGGGACUGGUGGGGCAGCAUCGUGAAGAAGACCAUGGUGUGCGCCGGCGGGGACUCCAGCUCUGGGUGCAACGGUGACUCUGGAGGACCCCUCAACUGCCCCGCAGAGGAUGGCUCCUGGCAGGUCCACGGUGUGACCAGCUUUGUAUCUGCCUUGGGCUGCAACACUCGCAAGAAGCCUACAGUGUUCACACGAAUCUCAGCCUUCAGUGACUGGAUCGAGGAGAUUAUUUCAAGUAACUAGGACCAAGGCCUGGGUGGCAGUGCCGAUCCACAUCCUCUGUAAAAAAUAA